AUGAUUGGAACUGAUGAAUCAAAGAACGAGAAUAUGUCCAUAUGGAAAAGGUUUUGCAAAGCUUUAGGCUUCGUGUUAUUUUUGAAUGUUCUUCUGUCUGACUCCCCUAAAAUGGACGAAAAUCAACCAAAUGAUGCACAUAUCGAAAACAAUCAUAAUUUAACACCCGAGAAUCUUAACGAUGACACAUUGCAACAAUUCAGAAAGCGGCGGUUACAAGUCGAGAGGCAAAUGAAAACAAUAUUUAUUUACCCAGUUUCUUAUAUUUUUUUAUGGGUAUUCCCGUUGACUGUCCACGCACUUGAUUUCAAAUAUGGUAUUUCCAGGAAGCCAAUAGUAUGGCUAAAUUCAAUUUCGGCAUUUAUGCAGCCACUUAACUGUACUGUUGAUACUAUUGUAUUUUUGAUAAGAGAAAGACCUUGGAAUAUUAUAACAAGCGAAGUAGAUACCUCGCCAACUGAAAACUAUGCAUAUCCUCGCUGGAGACAUUUGAUAUCCUUUCUUCCUUUAUUUUCCUUACCUAAACCUCAUUAUACUCAAGAAUCAGAACUUAAAGAUACCUCCGAUAUUGCAUUUACUAACUCCUACAGUGAUUCGAACUUCCACGACUACUCAAAAAUUCUUUCAGGUACGCAUCACAUUCCUAAUAGUAAGUCCGCCCGCAAGGAACUUAAUAAUAGCGAUUCUUUUAUAUCUCCAAAUGAGGGGUUUCAAUACGAAAAUUUAGGAAAAAGAUAUAGUUCCGAACAUAAUAAAUCUGACCAAGAAUCUGCUGAAGAGAUGGAUUUUACGGAAUUUUUAAAGAUGGGACCAGUUCGGUAA